UUACUGAAAUUGAAAAAAAAAAUGGGUACCGGUUGGCCUACACUUGUAGGGUUUUUGAUGGUUGCGUCCCUCCAUCCACCGCUUCCUCGUAAUCGAUACGUCCAUUUUCUCUUCUUUUAUGUCUCUUCUUUGUUGCUACCUCUCUCUUGCAUUUUCUGUUUAGUAGAUAUUAAACUUGCUUUAUCAGAUCAAAGAUUUCUGUUCUCUCUCUCUUAUGGCAACUAGACUCCGAUUCGAGAAUUCUUGUGAAAUUGGCGUCUUCUCAAAACUUACUAAUGCCUAUUGUUUGGUUGCCAUUGGAGCCUCUGAAAGUUUCUACAGUACAUUUGAAGCUGAGUUAUCGGAUGUUAUCCCUGUGAUCAAGACUUCCAUCGGUGGAACUCGUAUUGUUGGCCGUCUUUGUAUUGGAAACAAGAAUGGGCUUCUAUUGCCUCAUACCACCACAGACCAAGAACUUCAACAUUUGAAAAACAGUCUACCGGAUCAAGUUCGUGUUCAGCGUAUAGAAGAAAAACUAUCUGCCCUGGGAAAUUGUAUAGCAUGUAAUGACCAUGUGGCCCUCACGCACACUGAUCUCGACAGGGAAACUGAGGAGGUCCUUGCAGAUGUUCUUGGAGUAGAAGUUUUUAGGCAGACAGUUGCCGGUAAUGUUCUUGUGGGAAGUUACUGUGCUUUCUCCAACAAAGGUGGUUUGGUGCACCCUCAUACUUCGGUUGAAGACUUGGACGAACUUUCCACACUUCUUCAAGUUCCUUUGGUUGCUGGGACUGUUAAUCGCGGUGGUGAAGUAAUAGGUGCUGGCAUGACAGUAAAUGAUUGGACAGCAUUUUGUGGUUCAGACACCACAGCAACAGAACUCUCAGUCAUUGAGCGUGUUUUCAAGCUGACGGAUGCCAAGCCUAGUGACGACGUGGAGUGGACGAUAUGAGGAAAUCUUUCUUCGGUAGCAAAUAAUUGAGUCUAGCUAAAAAGCUCCUUCCUCGUCAACAGACUCCGGUCGUCUUCUUUGAGCAGUUCAGCAUUUGUUUGAUUUUCAGCCUUACUCGAGGAGAAUCCAAAUUCACCGAUCACGAUUCGUGACUUGAAGUAAAGUGAGAGAUCUUUGCUGCUGGGUGGGCAAUAUCUAAUUCACGCAAGAUAGCAUUUCCAUCAUUUGUGACCACAAUUCUUAUUAAUUACAACGAAGUGGUAUGUAAUAACAUUCCAUUACAUUCUCUAUUUCAUUCAAAUUUUUAAUUUUCAUUCCUUCUAA